AUGACCUUAAGGAUACGAACAAGCUUGUGUGGUAACAUAGUCUGCACUUUAGAGCACUCUUUGAUAAGUGCCAUUAAGAUGGCCUCUUUCCAUUGUCACAACCUCUUCGGGCGCUUUAUAGGUGGAAAGUUCUGCGCGGAGGGUUUGGUGGUUCGCCCCGUGGGAUGGGAUGCGGCCUGCGCAGAUGUGGUGGAUUGUGGCGGGGGGUUUGUCAAGGGACCAGUUGAGCGCGAGGAGGCGGACGGGAGUGGGAAGCUUGGACGUGGGUUCGAAAAGGGAUUGGUGGUGUUGGCGGAGGUGGUUGGAUGCUAUUGGGGAGGCACAGGCACCGUGUAUCAGAGGGCGUUUGGGUUAGGAUAUGCAACAUAG